AUGUCAAAUCUCAAAUCACUUGGGACAUCCCUUCUUAAUAAGAUCAACCAUUUGCCAAAAGAACGGUUGAACUACUCGAUUUCAUUCAAAGAAUCUCAGUACGAACGGUUCCGGACCCUCGCCGGCGCUCCCAAAAAAUAUGUCAUCAAACAGAAGAAACCUUCCGUUAAAGAAAUCAUUUUCCGUCGUUUAAAACCUCAGGACAUCUCCAUCAGACCAGAAGAAUUUUCUGAAAAAUUGUCUCCGGAAAACUUGAAGCAGAUGAUCCACAGCUUGGACAAUUUGUCCAGCAACAAGUUUGCCCAAUACUACAAAGUCGGGGAUAAGUUGAUGAAACCUUCCGGGUAUCCUGAUUACUACCAACGUUUGAUGGGGGAAAUACAAGGUACUAAUAGAGAGAGUUGGUUCAGUGCUUUUAGAACCGUGGUGUUUGGUAAAUGA